UGGCUACUACCAGUCCGCGCGCUCGUGUAUAUAUUAACUGAAAGAGGAUGCCUCGUGCCAUAACGGGAGCAAACGUCUGAGCAAAAUGAGCGAAAACGAACCAGAAUGUAGUAAGACGGAGGAGACUGAUGACAGUGAUGAUUCGUCUGAUUGCCAAGGUCGUUCUAUACUGAAGGAGAAGAAUAUACUCAGAUUGUUAUCCGAUGCAUUGACCUUCAAAUCCCCUCUAGAGGAUAUUGAGCUUAUUAUAAACUGUGGUGCUAAUGUCAACGGUUCUGUCAAACGUGGAUUACGGCCCUUGCAUUAUGCCGUUUAUGUCGAUUAUGUCGAAGGGGCGCGUCUUCUCAUUGAAAAAGGUGCGGACGUCAACCAACCAGAUGACAUAGGCUACACUCCGAUGCACGUGUGUGCACGAAAGGGAGCGUUGAAAUCUAUGCGACUGUUGAUAGAAAAUGGAGCCUUUGUGGACUUCUUUGCGGAAAAUCCGGCCAUUAGUGAGAAUAUUCGAGAUUUGGGAUAUUUAACUAUAGAACCGUUAAAUUUAGCCGUGGAAAAUAAUAAUGUAGAUUGUUUAAGACUUCUGCUAGAAAGUGGAGCUCGUCCGGACCAUAAAUAUUUCAUGGGGUACGAAAUCAACUUGGUACCCAUUGAUCACGUGGAGUGCCUGGAACUCUUGUUACAAUAUGGCGCUGAUCCGAAUGUUUGCAAUAGAUGCGGUAUCACACCGUUAAUGAAAUCUUGUCGUCAGCAACGACUUGACGUGGUUCGACUUCUGCUCACGUACGCAGCAGAUGUCAACCUCCAGUCGCCGCCAAGAUUCGAUCAAAAAUCGGCUUUGCAUUUCUGUGUUCAAGUAGGAAAUUCAGGAAUCGCCCACACGUUAUUACGCCAUGGAGCAAAGCCAGGUAAACUGGAUAAUUACAAUUAUGGGGCCCUUCAUAUUGCCGUUUUAAAGGAUCGAGUCGACUUCUGCGAAAUGUUUCUGAAAUGGAAUGCGGAUGUAAACGAGUUCUCUGACGACAGGACGACACCGUUGGUUUUAGCCUGUGCCACACCAAAUCUAACACAACGAAAACAGAUCAUCGAAUUAUUGUUGGAUAACGGAGCAGAUCCAAAUAAACAUGCAGGCAUCGUAUCCUACACAUCGCCAUGUUUGUCGGCACUUACUGAAUAUCUGCGUAUCCAAGACGGAGAAACCAUCACGUAUGACGUGGUUCAUCUCUUAAUCAAACAUGGCGCUAAAGUUCAUUUCAAGGGUCAGUCAUCACCAGCGAGAUUAAAAGAUCCUUUUGGAAUUCUCCAUUACAUGUCGAAUCUAAAAGAUAAAGACGAUAUAUUUUCUUUAUUAGCCGUGUCUGCUCAAUUAUUUGAUCUUCCCGCAAUACAGCGUUAUUCAGGACUGCUUGACUGGCAGAGGCGUCUGUUGAUCUCCUUGUCGUCAGCACCUCGUUCGUUGAAACACCUGGUUCGUCAGUCCAUACGUCAGAUGUUCCUCCAACAAAUACCUAAACUAGUCAACGAUCUUCCAGUGCCGUCCAUUAUUAAACAAUAUUUAUUAUAUGAACAUUAUUGAAAUGGUGACAUGGCUACUACAUGCCAUGUGUACGAAUAAAUGGAUGAAAUGAGGUUUAACUUACUACUUUUCUGCACCAACCGAGCUAACGGAUAUGGGCCAUGCGUAAACCCUUCUAUAAAGCAUCAUUCAUGAUUCUCUAGUCUUAUUGGGGUGUUGAGAACAAGAACUAGGCCAACAGUAACAGUGUUAUUACUGGAUCAUUAAUAUUUCGUUAUAUAGAAAAUAGAAUGAAAUUGACAUCAGUUUGGUAUAGCAUUCGAUCGCCUUUGUAAACUAAAGAUUAUUUUCUCGACGGCAGAAAGUCUAAAUGCAAAACCACCAAUUGAAAACAUUUUUUUGCGAAAACACCGUAUCCUGUGCGAUAUUCCAAGCCAAGCCCAUUUUAGAUGAUGCAAUUACCAGGAGGAUGACACGGUACGAGAGGACGAGUGCUCCUGGAUGAGUCCGAUGGGUGCUAUUCGCUUCGCAUUAAUAGCGCGCACCUUUAUUCAAUUUGGUCUGUAAUAACCAGUUUAUUGUGGACUUAGUAUAUAAUUUAUGUUUAUAAUAUGUAUUUUCCCGGUCAUUAGAAAUAUCAUAUUUUAAGAUAAAAUUCAGUUUUGUGGAUUGAACAGAGGAAACAUAUCUUUAAGUUAACACUAUUUCUAUUUAUUGCCAAAAUUGUUUAGCCUACAAAUUAUAAUGAUUGUUUUGCUUAUAACCAUAUUACAUAAUUGUCAUAUCAAAGAGACAUUAGUCGUCGUAUUAAUUUCAUGAGCUUAGGGAGUUUUUGUCGGUUGAUAAAAAAAAUACUUUUCCAUUUGCAGUAAUUUAACAAUACUCUUACACCGUAGAUAUCCAAUUUAGAUUGUGUGCCAAAUUUGAGAUUUAUAUAUACAAUUUACGAAUAGUGAGAAUUUUUGUUUUGUUUUAGGCAGUGCUUAUUAUCAUAUUUAUUGGUGGGGUGGUCAUGCCCCUUUAAGACAGAUGUUCGUUAUAUGAAUGUUGUUUCUGAACACUUGAUAGUACUUUCACGUGGUUCCGGCAUCGCUUUGACAUGCCCCUCCCCCUUUACUUCUACUGCCUACUCUUUUGGAAUUUUGUUUUUAUCGAAUUUAAUGUUAUUGCCCUUUAAUGUCGAUAGUACUGUACAUUUUCAUAUAUAACUAAAGACAAUUUUGAAAUACUAAUAUAAGUUGUGGUGUUCACACAGCUGACACUCUUUUGUUAUUCCUUUGUAUGCAAUUACUUUUGUAUGCAUGAAUCUGAACAUACGCACUGCCUUUCUUGAUCAUUGUCAAUAAGGUUCAGCAGCAAUAUAUUUUAAGAUGAGAUAAAUGUAUUAUUGGUAUUUAUAUUAAGUAGCAUAAAUUCAGGUAGCAUAUGGUAUUGAUAUUAUUUAAAAAUGCCGCUUUGUACCUAUAGAAUAACAGGCUAAUUUCACAGGUUUUGACUUUAUAGCUGUAGAUUGUGAUGGACAUCGUGUACGAGGCAAGAAAUGCUCUUUCCAGAACACUCAAUACCACUCGAAACUAACAUUUUAUGUAGUAGGUUCCUGUAGAUGAGAACUGUUUAAACAUCUUUUUAUAUUGGGUUUAUUCUAAUACUAGGAGCGUUGAUUUUUAUAUGGUUGGGAAGGCCUUCGUCACUCACUUUAUUGAUCCGACUCUCGUAACACAAACAGAUAAUGUUAACAUUGAACGAAUCUAUCUUUCUGUAUUAUAAAAUGCCGCCAUAAUAAGAUCUUCGUUAAAGCAUUGAUCCCCUUGAUUGGACAUUAGGAAAGUACAACGCAUUAUUAGUUAUGUCAAAUUCCCAAAAUAAAUGAAAAGUGCUAUCAGCACACAUUACACCAAUUAUAGUUAAGCUAUGGGACAGUUUCUUCUCAAGUUUAUGGAUUUGUAGCCUAGUGGUAUAACACGUGCUUUUUAGAUCAUAACGUUUGUCAAUGAUUCAUUUCUCAUUGUUUUAAUCCCACUAUUGUACGGUAUGGUCCGGGCUUUCCUGUUCAACAUCGUGCAUCCUCGACUCUCACCCCCCCCCCCCCCCUCCGCUCCCCAUUGCUAGAAUAACCUGCGUGAAAGCAAAUUAUUUUAAAAUAAAUAUUACCAUAUUAUUCAAGUUCUGUAAUGACUUUGACGUUCAUAGCAGCAUAUAUAUGUAUUGUAUACGCAGUGUUUUUAUAUAUAAUACUAUUUAUGUAUUUAUUGAAGUUUUGUCAGGAAUUUUUGUGAUAUCCAGUUUGUGAUAUUUAGAAAUAAAUUGAACGUUUUAAAGUA